AUGCACCUGAGAGGAAACGGGCUUUUGGAAACCAUCGAUAGUUCGAAAACGGUGUCGGAUGAGAAAAAGGCUAAAGCCAUGAUAUUUUUACGACACCACAUCCAUGAUGGUUUAAAGGAUGAAUAUAUUACGAAAGACGAUCCUUGUGACCUCUUGAAAUCUUUAAAAGAGAGGUUCGAUCACCAGAAAUAUGUGAUCUUACCGAAAGCUAAACACGAGUGGAUCCAUCUCCGGUUCCAGGAUUACAAAAGUGUUAGUGAGUUUAAUUCCGCGAUGUUCGGAAUUACUUCGAGGAUGAUGUUAUGUGGAGAGAAAAUAAGUGAUUAUGAUAUGAUCGAGAAAACUCUCUCCACGUUCCAUCUUGAAAAUGUAAUCAUGCAGCAACAGUACCGGGUGAAUGGAUAUACUCGUUACUCAGAGUUGAUUUAUGAUAAUAGAAAAGGACAAGGUCGUGGACGUGGUGGAAACCGUUAUCAUGGUCGUGGAAGAGGACGAGGAAGAAGAUUACGUCCCUAUGAUGAAAGAGAUAACAAGAACUUCCACGAAAAUGAAAGGAAUGAAAAGGACCGGGAUGAUAAAAAGCAAACGGGAAAGGUUUGCUACAGAUGCGGCAUGAAAGGUCAUUGGGUACGUAGUUUCCGUACACCAAAACAUUUAGCCGAUCUGUAUAGAGAAUCCCAAAAGGGAAAAGAAAAAGGAAGAGGUGAAACAAACUUCAUCUCUGAUGAACCCGGGCCAUUCUUUCAUGGUUUAAACGAUGAUACUCAUCUCGACAUAUCAGAUUUUCUGGUUGAGCCAGAGAGUAUCGAUGAGUGA